CCAGGACGCCCCUCGGCACCACCACCACCACUCGGGCCGCCGGAAGGUCAACCUCGCCCACAAGGUCAACCUCACGAGACCGGGCUGGGUGGAGGUGGACGUAGGGCGAGCGGCGGGCGGGUGGAUCGAGGCCGGGAUGCAGCAGGUGGAGCUGGAGGUGACGUGCUCCACCUGCCUCGGGGAAGGGAGCUUGGGGUCCCCGGUGUCGCUCCUGGCUGACCACAGGCCCUUCCUCGUCGUCACGUCGCAGCACGAGAAGGCCCGGAACCGGCGGUCGACGCGCGAGUGCUCGGCCUCCCCCGACGGCGCCUGCUGCCGCGAGAGCAUUAACGUCAGCGCCGCCGAGAUGGGCUGGGACGAUUGGCUCAUCGAGCCUCGGAACUUCACCUUCUACCACUGCCGGGGCGCCUGCAGGCCCAGCGUGGCCUCGUCGGCCUCGGCGAAUACCAGUUUCUACAAUGCCAUGCUGCAGAUCCUGAUGAUGAACCAGCCGGUGAACACGCCCCUGCGCAACUCCCUGGCCCCCUGCUGCGCCCCAACCAAAUACGCGCCCAUGCAGUUGCUCUUCCAGUCACGGAACUCCGUCAAGUUGCAGACUUACACGGACUUAAUCGUCGAGUCCUGCGGCUGCAACACGUAGCCAGAGUUUGGUGCCACUACCGUAUGCCUUUCCACAGCGUCUGGACGGCCCCUUGUUGCCAGCUGUCACAACUUGUAUCUUCUGCGUGUUCACUUUGUUUCCCAUUCGGA